AUGAGCCAGCAACUCCUGAACGAUAUCGAAUCUCUCGAAGGCACCUAUCUCAAUUCUCCCGUUGCAUUGUCUAUCACACCGGAUGGAUCCAAGAUUGCGGCCGCUUACAGAAGGUUCUCCCUCACAAUCUGGUCCUUUGACUCAGCUACACCCCUAGUACGUCUGGCGCGACCAGAGAAGGCCAGCCAACCCUCUAAGCCACUCCCAUUUGUCUCCAAGAUCUCGUGGCACCCCGGAGGAGAUGAAAUCCUUGGGAUUUUCAUCUCCGGUCAUAGUUUUAGAUGGAACAUUGUGGAUGGGGCCUACCAAGAACAUGCACCUAUACCGGGACAGAUGCCGUCCGAUAUCAUCUGCAGUCCAGACGGGUUGGUCUAUGCAAUCUGCGGAGUUCGCGGGACAAGAAGGCUUUUCGACUACCCAAGUUCCAUGCUGAUAUACCAACUAAACUUGGAUGACUUGAUGACUGCCUUUUACUUCAGCCACGAUGGAAGAAAAUUUGAUGAUAUUCGCGGCAGCUACUGCGCCGUUUGGGAGCCAAAUGCUCUCAUGCGACUGAGGAUGGUGGAUGACGACGCCGCUCAUAGCCAGGCUGCCGAGCAAAGCAGCCAUGCGGUGUGCUUUGGAAAUGACGAAGGGGCCGUGGAGCUGUUUGACUACGAAGCGUCGGAGAAAUUGCGCCUAGGACAGACUGCGUCUCAAAUGAGUAUUGAGCAUCUCGCCUGGAGCGAAGACGGUGAUCGCGUCUGCUACGCGGAGCUGGGUGGUCGGCUCACCGUCGUGCAACUCGAUCACGGCAAGAAGGGCCGUCGAGCGCGCCGAGUCGAAAGGCUCAAGCCUAGGUUUGACACUAUGGGUGUUACACAAAUUCUUUUCUUGCCAGGGUCUCGCAACUCUCUACUUGUAUCGUCUUCUUCUUCCGUACAGCGCUGGUCUCUCGAACCAGCCCAACUUGAGACGACUUGGGACUAUUGGCAAUCACAAACAUCUCGGCAGUGGAUUCCACAUCCUCGAUAUCCCCCCAACCUCCUGUCCAUCACACCUGACGGUGUGUCUGUUCACCUGCGGUGCAGUCUGGAAAUAAUCUCUGUCCUCUGGGAUGAUGUCGGUAAGGGAGACCACCCGCCUGGCUCUUUGCCUGAGUCAUUUAUCAAUCAUACACCAAAACUCUAA